UUUCCAUGUAGAAAUGUUCUUGACCACCCAUAUACAGCUCACCUGUGAGACAUGUAAAAGAAUUAUAACACGCAUUGCAUAAAAAAAGUCUAAGAACAGUUCAAAAAAACAUUCUAUAUGGAGAGAUUCGAAUGAGAUUCAGAUCCAGUCCAAACCCUCCAAUAUGUGGUCUGCGUUCUCAAAGCCUUUUUCCACAUUUCCUCUUUCCAGUUUUCUCUUUGGGUCAAAGAAUGACUGGUGUUUAAUGGCCUCCUAAAUGAAAAUAAAGAUGUUUUAAUAGGAUUAGAGGAAUGUGCUGCUUCUCAACUUUUGUUUAGCACUCCAUUAUGAAGUGUUUUCUGAAUAUGAUUUGGUUUAUAAAUACCUCUAUAGUGAAAAAGACAGGUUGGAUAUCCUGGUAAGUUAUGGUCACUUGUUCGGCUGCUCGUUUGGCUUGUUCUCUGGUUUCAGCCACAAUGGCGCCAAUAAUUUGCCCUACACAGAUGACCUGGAAAAGAGCAAACAGAGAAGACAAGAUUGACUAAGAAGUAGUAACAUGGAUAUAGUAAGACCUGAAACAUCUAGUAAAAGAUAGGAAUCAUUUAGGACUCAGAUGUUUCUUUAACCAGAGUAUGUUUAUUGUGAUACCUCCUCUUCUGCGAAAAGCUCCUCUGGGUUGUUAAACCAAAGUCUUCGAUUCUGACCAGGAACAUCCUUGGCAGAGAUGAAGGUAACCACUCCAGACAUGGCUAGAGCCAGUGAUGCAUCUAUAGAGCUGAAGAUAAGGUUUAUAAAAGGUGAUGUGGAAUCCCAAAGAAAUUGAAAACUGACAAGUCCAUACACUUGUUGGAUGAAUUAGUUAACAAGCUGGGGGUACCACCCUUCAUUCUCCAAGGAUUUGGACUUAACAGAGAGUGCACUCCCUUUAGUUACACACAUUAGUCUCUGGACACUGAGACCCUACCCAUAAUCCCCCACUAGACCCACCUACUCAGGUGAAUAUAAAGUCCAGGUCUGACAGCACAAAGACACCAAAGCUCAGGACAGGAGCAUCCUGAACAUCUCUACACACUGAGACAACAUGGACACAAGAGCCUCCCUCUCCAUUCUGCUGCUGCUGUUUGGCGUCUCACAUGCGUCUCCUCUCAUGGAGGAAAGAUUUGAAGGAGUGUUUGUAUCAGAGCCUGAACCUCUGGACAUCACUACAAGAAUUUUGGAGACCAACAAUGGGUCUUCUGAAGUCUUGAUUGAAGGAGAUCUGCUGUUUCCCAAAACCAGAAAUGCUCUCUACUGCUUAAACAACAACUGUUUCUGGAAGAAAAACGCCAACAACAUAGUGGAGAUCCCUUACAUAGUGAGCAGUGAAUUCUCCUAUUAUGACAGAACAGUGAUUGCGAACGCCAUGUCCACCUUUCACUCCAAGACCUGCAUCCGCUUUGUGGCCAGAUCAACUCAGACCGACUACAUCAGUAUUGAGAACAAAGAUGGGUGCUACUCUUCUCUUGGUAGAACUGGUGGCAAACAGGUGGUCUCCCUCAACAGGUACGGCUGUGUGUAUCAAGGCAUCGUUCAGCACGAGCUCAAUCACGCCCUGGGCUUCUACCACGAGCAAACCAGGAGCGAUCGCGACCAGUACGUCAAGAUCAACUGGGAGAAUAUCUCUCCUGAUAUGGCCUACAACUUCCAGAAACAAAACACCAACAACCAAAACACUCCAUACGACUACGGCUCCGUCAUGCACUAUGGAAGAACAGCCUUCUCCAUCCAGCCCGGACUGGAAACCAUCACUCCCAUUCCUGAUGGGACGGUGGAAAUCGGACAGAGGCAGGGAAUGUCCAACACUGACAUCCUGAGGAUCAACAAGCUGUAUGGAUGCUGAAGAUGAGGAAGAUGCACAAUAUUUAAUAUAGUAAAUGUGUAGAUGAAUAUUGGUUUGAAGUUAUGUCUUUGUCUUUUUAUGGUGUUGAAUUUCUGAAAGGUGUGUUGGGAAAAAUAAA